AUGACAUCAGUGAGCCAAACACUAGAUGAUGAUAAUACUCAUGUGCAGGAGUUAAAAAGGUUAUUUCUCUCGAGCAAUGUAGACGAGAAUCAGUGCCUCAACGCGGAUGGUCUUUUUUUAUUGUGCGAAAAGCUGAAGCUUAGCGCUUUCGCAAAGAGCAUCACCGAAAGAGUGUUAUGUGGGGCAGAUGUCGUAGAUUUUUACGACUUUAAAGAAAGAUUUGUAUCGUAUCUUCCGGAAAUAAUUGACGUAUCAUCGGGGACGGUCGAUCCAUUGCUGGCUCGUGCACAAGAUACAGCACGAACAUUAGGCUAUGGAGACGGACAACGGCUGACCCGUUACGAAACGCGUUUACUAUGCGAGAACACAGCAGACCUUGUCCAACUGUCCGUCGUCGACAUAAAUGGCCUUUUCGAGCGAGCGGAUGUAGAACGAACUGGACGAGUUUCUGUUCAACAGUUUCUAGCCCAAUAUCGGCUUCAAAAACGGCUCAGCGCCGAGGUUCAUUUCAUCGCUGAUUCGUUCGUCUCCUCGCUCAAUCUGUUCGAAGCCCUCGAUUCAGCAAACUCAGGCACUAUCGACUCACAUGACCUGCUCGAAUACUGGAAUAAGGCUGGACUUCGUGUAGAUGAAGGGAUUGCUGUACUUAAGGAGUCUGGACAACCCAUGAGCGGCAGCAUAAAUGCCGUUUACUUAUCCGGUUUUCUGGAACGGGAGUUGUCAAGAUCAACAUCCGAGGCGCCCGUCUCGGUAAAAGCAGCUAUAAUCGCUUUGCAUUGUUGUAUCGACAAUCUGAGAUGUAUGGUUCGAGAAGGAGAAUCUAGGGCUGAACAUCUCCAUAAACAACUACAACUUGCUAAUCAACGGAGGACACUUCUUAUUGAAGAACUUGAGCAUAACCAAAUAAGCAUCGAGCAGGGUUACGAAGCUAGACUUAGAGAGACGGAGGAACGAUACCGUGCUAGAUAUCUUCAAAUGGAGGACAAAUUUCGUCUCGACAAACGUGAAAUUCAACAUGAAGUUGAGCAGUUGGAAGAGGAAAUCUCACGGUUGCGACAGGUUGAGACAUCCGCGAAGAACAAAGCCAUGCUGUUGGAACGUCAGAAUAGCCGAUUGCUAGAGGAGAAUCGAGAGCAGUCUGAAGCUAUAAAUCAGUUGGAGCAGCUCAACAGGCAACUUCGGACAGAACUGAGCAAGGCGAUGCAGCCUCGACCUGUGGAGGACAACACACAGUUGAUCAUGUACAAACAAAAACUGGAAAUUGUUGUUGCUCAUAAUAAGAGGUUACGGGAGAGAAUACAAGAUCUGACUGCUUCUCAAAAGAAGAAAUCUAAGGCUAGCGAUGGUGAACCUCUCACAAUGAAAUGGAGUGGUGCAUUUCGCAGCCAGGUGAUGUUGAUACGAAAACGAAGGCUAGCCAAGGGCGACACAUUGUCUGAAAUGGAAAGUGAACCUGAAUCUAUUUUUGUUCGGCAUCGUCGGCGAAAACUUCUAAAACGAAAGGAAAGAAAGCUGAGACACGAAAGAAUUGCCUCUCGUAUUCUUAUGCAAGAUUCAGACGAAACAGAAUCUUCUAAAACAGCCACCGUUGAUGGCAGUCGAUUUGGAAGUGAACUGAACCGACUGAGGAACGAACACAAGCAGGAACUCAUUGCCGUACGUCAGACAGCCGCCAAAACUCUUGCUGAAGCUCUGAACGACCAACAGAAACAACUUAAUUUGCAGUUGGAACGAGAGCGACGGCAAUGGGAAGUGCGUCUAGUGAGUGAGAAGAAUCAAUUGGAAAAGAACUUUGCUGAAGAGAAAAUGAAGCUAAUGAAUCGGUUGCAGGAAGACUUCGAUGCUGAAUUGCAACGUAUUUCUUCUAUUGUUAACCGGCCGGAGAAUGGAUCUGCUGCAGAACAUUAUAAACGGCAGAUCAAGACUCUCGAAUCCUCACUUGAAAGUCAGAAGAAAAGCUACGAACGACGUUUGGCGGAACUUCGGGAACGUUUCAAGAACUCACUCCGAUCCCAUAACAACGUAUAUGCCUCCGAAAGCAAUACACCCAAUUUCUUCUCACUCGUGGAAAAAUACAAAAACGCUGGGCCAUCACCAUCCAAUACCAUCGAGCCAUACGUUUCUUCACGAUCUUCGCUAAGUGUUGAGAAACGUAGUCAACCUACUGGUCAUCCUUUCCAGCGGUCGUUCUCGAGCGUUGUUGGACGCUGUGAAAAAUGUGAAUUGGCUGAAAUGAGAUUGCGUGAACUCUACCACACUGUCAUCGGUGAUCAUACAUUGGCAGAGAGUGGAAUCGAGGAUCUUGGCUCAAGUGCAGGAAGUCUAGCUGAUGAUAAAAUUGUUCUGAAGCGAGAGGUACGAAAACUAAAAGGUCGUUUGGAAGCAACAAAGGACAAGCUGGCAGAACUGCGUAUGCUGCUUUCUAUGCCAUCUUCUAGGUACAAAUGUAGCCUCGGUGGAAGUGAGGGCAGCGGUGGAGACUUGAGGCGGUUAUUGCCUCAAAAGGAAUCACGGGAUUCGAGGGAGCUUCUCUCAAGAGUCACCGAAUCUGAAGUACCAAAACGCAGGACACCGUUUCGAGCCGCCGAAGCAACCGGUAUCAUUGAAAAAUUGGAAAGUGAAAAUGUGAUAUUAGAAGCACGAUUAUCGGAAGCCCAGCAACUCAUCAAAACACUCGUCGAACAGUACAACACUCAACUUGAUGAAACAGCCCGUGUAGGUGCAGUACUGCGAGACGUCUAUCUACAUCCAAAUAUGUCAUCCGACAUUAAUCAAAAAACACCCAGUUGA